AUGCAUAAAUCUACCAUUGGAUGGACUAUAGCCGAUAUCAAAGGUAUUAGUCCCUCUACUUGCAUGCAUAGAAUCUUACUUGAGCCUAAUAGUAAGCCGUCUAGGGAUCCUCAAAGAAAAUUGAACCCUGUCAUGAAAGAAGUUGUGCUUAAAGAAAUUCUUAAAUUGCUUGAUUUAGGGAUUAUUUAUCCGAUUUCUGAUAGUGCACGGGUCAGUCCUGUUCAUGUGGUUCCUAAGAAGUCUGGUUUUCAAUUGGUCAAGAAUGAGAACAAUGAGUUGAUUCCCAUGGCUUCAAACUGGAAGGAUCAUUUUCCAUUACCUUUCAUUGAUGAGAUGCUUGAGCGAUUGGCUGCUCAGGAAGAUCAAGAGAAAACCACUUUUACUUGUCCUUUUGGCACUUUUGCAUGGCGUCGUAUGCCAUUUGGAUUAUGUAACGCUCCUGGUACUUUUCAGCGUUGUAUGAUGAGCAUAUUUUCUGACAUGAUUGAGAGUUGCAUUGAAAUUUUCAUGGAUGAUUUUACUGUGCAUGGAGACUCUUUUGACCAUUGCUUGACUAAUCUUGAGCAAGUUCUGCAGAGAUGUGUUGACACUAAUUUGGUGUUAAACUUUGAGAAAUGUCAUUUUAUGGUGAGAGAGGGAAUUGUUCUUGGGCAUGUGAUUUCUGCAAGAGGAGUAGAAGUUGAUAGGGCGAAAAUUGAUUUGAUUGUUAAGUUACCUUAUCAUUCUAAUGUGAAAGAGAUUCGUGCUUUCUUAGGCCAUGCAGGUUUUUAUAGGCGUUUCAUAAAAGACUUCGCAAAGACUGCUCAACCUCUCACUAGGUUGCUUCAUCAAGAUGUGUCUUUUGUGUUCGAUGACAAGUGCAAGGAGGCCUUUGAUUUGUUGAAGAGUAUACUCACUUCUGCCCCCAUCAUUCAACCACCAAUUUGGGGAGAGCCUUUUGAGAUCAUGUGUGAUGCAAGCGACUUUGCCGAAUUUGACUUGGAGAUUAAAGAUAAAAAGGGAGCCGAGAACUUGGUAGCUGACCAUUUGAGCAGACUGCAGACUGUGUCGGAUGGUAUGCCCAUACCAGAUGACUUUCCAGACGAACAACUGCUGCACAUUGACGGUAACACUCAUUGGUAUGUUGAUUUGGUUAAUUUUCUAACUGCUGGAGUUUUUCCUAAGGGAAUGGAGACAAUCCGUAAGAAUAAGUUGAGGAGCCAAGCAAAAUACUUCAUAUGGGAUGAUCCUUAUUUGUGGAAGACUUGUGCGAAUCAAGAUUCUUACAAUUUCUGUAAAAAUUGUGACAAGUGCCAAAGAACAGGUAAUAUUUCUUCUCGCAAUGAAAUGCCUCAAGUCCCUAUUUUGGUUUGUGAAAUCUUUGACGUUUGGGGAAUGGAUUUUAUGGGGCCGUUUCCUAGUUCUUUUGGAAAUUCUUACAUUCUUUUGGCUGUUGAUUAUGUUUCAAAGUGGGUGGAAGUGAAGGCCACCCGCACUAAUGACUCUAAAGUUGUUGCAGGGUUCCCUAAGACUAAUAUUUUUAAUAGAUUUGGAGUGCCACGUGCCAUCAUUAGCGAUCAAGGAACUCACUUUUGCAACCGCACUUUGGAAGCACUUUUUAAGAAAUAUGGAGUCCACCAUCGAGUUGCCACGGCAUAUCAUCCACAAUCCAACGGUCAGGCCGUGAAGGAAUUCUGUUUAGAUGAGAAAGUUGUUGGCAACGAGCAUAAAUUUCAACUGCAAGAAUUAGAGGAGAUUCGAUUGGAGGCGUAUGAUCAUGCAAGUCGUUACAAGGAACGAACCAAAUUUUUACAUGACAAAUACAUUCGAAGGAAAUCCUUUGAAGUUGGGCAUAAGGUUCUCUUGUUUAACGCACGCUUAAGGAUUAUGCCAGGAAAAUUGAAAUCUCGUUGGUUGGGCCCGUUUGAAGUUGCUGGUGUGAGUCCUCAUGGAGCUGUGGAAAUUCAAAGCCUCGAAACACAAAAGUGUUUUAAGGUUAAUGGACAAUUACUUAAGCCAUAUUAUGCUGGAGUCGAGAUGGAGUAG